CGUUCCGAGGUGUCCCUGCGGUCCGGCCCGCCCCAUCCUCCCAAAGUAAAGAUGGCGGCGCCCCGGGCGUGAAUCCUGGUGACGCCACUUCCGGCGGCGCGCGCGCCCUGCCCCAAGAUGGCAGACGAGGCUACCCGGCGGGCGGUGUCAGAGAUUCCGGUUCUCAAGACCAACGCGGGGCCGCGGGACCGAGAGCUGUGGGUGCAGCGGCUCAAGGAGGAGUAUCAGUCCCUCAUUCGGUACGUAGAGAACAACAAGAACGCAGACAACGAUUGGUUCCGACUAGAAUCCAACAAGGAAGGGACCCGGUGGUUUGGGAAGUGCUGGUACAUCCAUGACCUCCUCAAGUAUGAAUUCGACAUGGAGUUUGAUAUCCCCAUCACCUACCCCACCACCGCCCCUGAAGUCGCUGUGCCAGAGCUGGAUGGAAAAACGGCAAAGAUGUACAGAGGCGGCAAGAUCUGCCUCACGGACCACUUCAAGCCUCUGUGGGCCAGGAACGUGCCCAAAUUUGGACUAGCUCACCUCAUGGCUCUGGGACUGGGCCCGUGGCUGGCUGUGGAAAUCCCGGACCUCAUUCAGAAGGGCGUCAUUCAGCACAAAGAGAAAAGCAGCCAGUAAUGGAUGGAACAGAGGCUGGAAGGAUAGAUAAUUGGGGGAGGGGGGGCGCAUCUGACAGGACCAACCUUUUAGCUCCCUCAUCUUCCCACUCACGUCCUUAAACGGUUUUACCAAGAAGCUGCUGUGGGCAUUGCGGGGAAGGAAACGAAAAGCCCACGGGGAGGAGGAUGCUCAAACCUGGGCUCUGUUUCUGCUCUGUAGCAGGUGGGUCGGAGGCUGGAGGCAGCCCGUGGAAAGAGGAUCCAUGGGUUUGCUUUCAAUAAAAAACACUUCCACUGGU